AUGCCUCAAUUUAACAUCACUAUGAGAACAAAGAAACAAGGGUCUGCAAUAAUCAUUGCGAGAUAUCGCUUCUGUCUAUUACUGGUAAAAUUCUUGCUCGACUCAUUCUUGACAGGAUCAUCAAAACACGUUGUAAAUGAUAUCCAUCCAGAAUUACAGUGCAGAUUUCGCUCUGGUUGUGGCACUAUCGACAUCAUCUUUGCCCUUCGACAGAUCAUGGAGAAUGUAUGUGAGAAAAAUCAAGAGUUGUUCAUGGUAUUCGUUGACCUUAUUAGGGCCUUCGACACUGUUAACUGGCAAACAUUAUGGAAAGUUUUGAAAAAGCUUGGUAUACUUGACAAGAUGUUGAAUAUUAUCAUCUCCGCCCAUGAGGGAAUGAAGGUUGCUGUCAUGAUUGGGCCAGAUACUGGAUGGCUUAUGUGA